CCGCCCCGCGGGCCGUCGGGCGCGUCACGUGACGGGUCGGCGGCGCUGGCGGUUGCUGUCAGCUGAUUCCCAGGGUUGGUGGCAGCGGCAGUCGCAGCGAUGGACUUUCUCCUGGGGAACCCUUUCAGCUCUCCGGUGGGACAACGCAUCGAGAAAGCUACAGAUGGCUCCCUGCAGAGCGAGGACUGGGCCCUCAACAUGGAGAUCUGCGACAUCAUCAACGAGACCGAGGAAGGUCCCAGAGAUGCCGUCCGAGCCGUGAAGAAGAGAAUCGUGGGGAACAAGAACUUCCACGAGGUGAUGCUGGCCCUCACGGUCUUAGAAACCUGUGUCAAGAACUGUGGGCACCGCUUCCACGUGCUGGUGGCCAGCCAGGACUUCGUGGAGAGUGUGCUCGUGAGGACCAUCCUGCCUAAGAACAACCCGCCCACCAUCGUGCACGACAAGGUGCUCAACCUCAUCCAGUCCUGGGCUGACGCGUUCCGCAGCUCGCCCGAUUUGACAGGUGUUGUCGCCGUCUAUGAGGACCUGCGGAGGAAGGGCCUGGAGUUCCCCAUGACCGACCUGGACAUGCUGUCGCCCAUCCACACACCCCAGAGGACUGUGUUCAACUCCGAGACACCAUCAGGACAGAACUCGGUGGGCACUGACACCAGUCAGCGAGGGAACUCCAGCCAGCAUGCUGCCCCUGUGCCCACCCCAGUCGUACUCCCCGGCGACACACCCAUAGUGCCAACCUCCGAUCAGAUUGGGAAGCUGCGCAGCGAGCUGGAGAUGGUGAGUGGGAACGUGAGGGUGAUGUCGGAGAUGCUGACGGAGCUGGUGCCCACCCAGGCCGAGCCCGCAGACCUGGAGCUGCUGCAGGAGCUCAACCGCACGUGCCGGGCCAUGCAGCAGCGGGUCCUGGAGCUCAUCCCCCGCAUCGCCAAUGAGCAGCUGACGGAGGAGCUGCUCAUCAUAAAUGACAAUCUCAACAACGUGUUCCUACGCCAUGAACGGUUUGAACGGUUCCGAACAGGCCAGACCGCCAAGACCCCGAGCGAGGCCGAGCCAGCAGCUGACCUGAUCGACAUGGGCCCCGACCCAGCAGCCACCAGCAACCUCUCAUCCCAGCUGGCGGGAAUGAACCUGGGCUCCAGCAGUGUGAGGGCUGGCCUGCAGUCUCUGGAGGCCCCCGGCCGACUGGAAGACGAGUUUGACAUGUUUGCGCUGACACGGGGCAGCUCACUGGCUGACCAACGGAAAGAGGUAAAAUACGAAGCCCCCCAAGCAACAGAUGGCCUGGCUGGAGCCCUGGACGCCCGGCAGCAGAGCACUGGCGCGAUCCCUGUCACCCAGGCCUGCUUCAUGGAGGACAUCGAGCAGUGGCUAUCCACUGACGUGGGGAACGGCGCGGAAGAGCCCAAGGGUGUCACCAGUGAAGAAUUUGACAAGUUCCUGGAAGAACGGGCCAAAGCUGCCGAUCGGUUGCCCAACCUCUCCAGCCCCUCAGCCGAGAGGCCCCCGGGCCCCCCUCCCGGCUCGGCCCCUCGGAAAAAGACCCAGGAGAAAGAUGACGACAUGCUGUUUGCCUUAUGAGCGCUGGGUCUGGCACCCCGCUGCUCCCGUCCCCUGGGCUGGGGCUCUCUCCCUCCUUUGGUGUUAGGCUGCUUUGGGGGUGGCUUGUUACCCCCGCUCUCCUCCUCGAGGACGGAGCUGACCGGCUGCGGCUGGGCUGUGCCGGGGGUGUGGGGAGGCAGCGAGCUGGAUCGGGGAGACAGGUCCGUGCUGCAGUGAGGUCCUGGCCACUGCUGCCUCCUUCCCCACCUGAGCCGGCCACUGCGACUUUGCUGAGAAGUGGGAGGCCCCAGGACAGACGGGCUGGCUGCUUGGUUGACCCGGUGUGACUUUCUUUGCCCUGGGUGGUGCCCUGUCCUGGACCUAUCCCCAGAGGAGCCGCUUCCGAGCCCUCACUGCUGGUUGGGCCUGGCUGGAGGCUGGCCUCAGCGGAGGCUCUACGGAGCCUCUCACCAUUCCCUGCCUGCCUCGGGGCGCACGACAGCUGCAGCUAGCCGCGGAGCGCAGGGGGGAAGCCCUCCGAGGAGCUGCCCGCUGUCAGGUACGAAGCUGCACGCAGUGGGUGCAGUGGGCGAGACCUCACCAGCCCCAGGCUGCAGGGUGGGGCUCCAGGGCACGCCCGGCCCCCCUCCCUCCACUACCUUGUCCUGUCUCCUCCCUCUGCUCCUGCCGGCAGGGCUCCUCUGGCACUGGGGCCCGCCUGGUGGCUGAUCCUCUUGUAGUGGGAGAGGUGCCUUGUGUGUCCCCAAUUAAAGGUAGAAAACCAC